AUGACGGCCGGCCAGCCACCCUACCCGGCCUGCUCGUCCGUCAACCACAACGGCCGCCCGGAGAAUAGCAUUCAUACACAGCCAUUCCAUGGACCGAUCCCCGUGGACUGUACCGUGCCUGUCUCGUCUUGCAUAAUGCCGACCACCUUUGUGGAUGACAAGGCGCCGAUAUGCGUGCCAUUCAUCCUGGAGCAUCUCGCCUCGCACCGAGCUCGUCAUGCCAAAGCCGAUGGUGGCCAGCACUCUGCCCCGCCUCUCGCCGUUGGCCUCAACGGCAUCCAAGGCGCGGGCAAGACGACGCUCGUCGCCGCCUUAACGCUCGCGCUGAAAGACGAGGGCGUACAUGCCGUCGUCUGUAGUAUUGAUGAUUUUUAUCUAAAUCAUGGCGACCAGACGGCCCUCGCUACGCAGCACCCCGACAAUGCCCUGGUCCAGCACCGAGGGGAGCCAGGCACCCACGACGUAGCUCUCGCGAUCCAGGUCUUUACACAGCUCAUGCAGGGACAGCCCACCAAAUUGCCUCAGUAUGACAAGGCCGCUUUCCAGGGCCAAGGCGACCGCCUCCCCGAAUCCGCAUGGCUGCCGGUCAAUCAGCCCGGGCAGCCUCGCAUAGACGUGCUGAUGCUCGAGGGCUGGUCGGUCGGCUUCCGGCCCCUCUCAGACGGCGAGGUCGAGCGACGCUGGAAGGCAUCGAGUCGCACACUGCAGUCGCACAAGCUGGAGCAUCUCUUGUUUGUGAACCAAAAUCUGCGUGCUUGCGAUGCGCUCACCAACCUCUUCGACAUCUUUAUUCAAAUCGACGCCGAGGACACCCAGUACGUCUACAUCUGGCGCGCCGAGCAGGAGGAUCAUCUCCGGCUCAUCAAGGGUGAUCCCAGCGCUGGCAUGACCAAAGACCAAGUCAUCCAGUUUGUCGACGGCUAUUACCCCGCCUACGAGCUAUAUACCGAUGGCGUUCGAUCUGGAAUAUUCUCGGGCCGCCCCGGCUGCCAGCUGCGCAUGGUAGUAGGGCGUGACAGAUGCGUUAAGCAGGUGGUGCGCAUAUAG